CACCGACCGUACAUAACUGACCUCUGUGGCUCUCUCGUUUGCGACGCUUUCCUUCUAUCGCUAUGGCUUCGUCUUCCUCCUCAUCGCCUGAGAUAUCGGCCGCACCUGCUAGACACUCUCCUGAUCAGUCAGCACAUAAAUAUUCCACGAUUGAUGAAGUGCUUGAGGAUCUAUCAAGUCGUUUUAUUCUCAAUCUUCCCGACGAGGAGCUUGCAUCAUUAGAACGCGUCUGUUUUCAGGUUGAACAAGCUCACUGGUUCUAUGAAGAUUUUAUCAGAGAAGAAAACCCCAAAUUUCCGUCCCUGCCCCUCAAAAGAUUCUCCGCCCUCUUGUUCCACGCUUGCCCGUUGCUCCGUCAGUGGAGUCAUGACCACGAACAGGCCUUCAACAACUUCAUGCAGUACAAGACGAGAGUACCCGUCUGCGGUGCGAUCAUGUUGAACGACACUUGGGAGAAGUGCAUCCUUGUAAAGGGAUGGAAGUCUUCUUCGGGCUGGGGGUUUCCGAAGGGAAAGAUCAAUCAGGAUGAAGAACCGCACAAAUGCGCUGUCCGAGAAGUCUUGGAGGAGACUGGAUAUGAUUUAUCGGGCAAGAUUGAUCCAGAGGAUGUCAUUGAAAUGUCAAUCCGUGAACAGAAAAUAUCAUUGUAUAUUGUACCCGGCAUUCCUGAGGAUUACCCCUUCAAGACAAGAACGCGCAAGGAAAUCAGUAGGAUAGAAUGGUUCAAACUUACCGACUUGCCGACGUGGAGGAGAAACAAAGCUGUCCCCGGCAAGUUCUAUCUGAUAUCUCCGUUCAUUGGUCCUUUGAAAGCUUUCAUCAACGAACGGAGGCCACGGACAGGACGCAAGCCGGCGAGAAUGAAAGAUCCCAGUGCUGCAUCACGCAUCGAGGAGGGCGUCGAUCUUACCCUAGAUCUGCAUUCGCAUAUCAGCAUCUCCCAUACUCAUAACACACAGGAGUCCAGUUCUUCGUCUUCCGUAGAUAACGGCGGGCCCGAUACUCCGUCGCCGCAGUGGAGUGAGCCUGCUGCGACGCAGGUCGUCGUAAACGGGAACGACGAAGCUCCCUCGUCCGCUCUGGACCCUGAUCUUGCCCGCUUGUUGACUGCGCUUUCAUUGUCUGCCGCUAACGGUACCACUUUCACGACCAAGAAUGAAGGGCCAGCGAUCACCAGUACAAAGGGCACCGAAGCAUUAUCCUCGACUCCGGUUCCUGCGGUCGCGUCUUCUGUGGAUCCCGUAUUGGCCUCUUCAUCCAGUGUUCCGUCUCAAACCUAUUAUCUCGAUCACUCUGGAGAGCCAACUUCUGGUGCCUCCAGACCACUUGGUGAAUAUUCACCGCAAAGCCUUGAGCUACCGUCGAGCUCAGUGGCAGAAAGCGCGCCGCAUGCUGUCCCGGUGGUAGCCAGUCAUUCUGAACAUGCCAUCUGUGACCAGGCAGACGGUCUUUCCAAUACCUCCCAAGUCUCGACCUCUCCCCCUCCUACUGCUGUAUCCGCUACUUCUGCGGCCGCGCCAUCCACAACCUCAUCAUCUAGGCCAGCUGUUGCUCGUCGUGGUUCCGGUGCCACGGCUGACAUCUCUCCAUAUCUCUCACGACCUUCCGAAAUACCAUCUUCUGGAAAGCGGUUGAAACAGCUGGCACUGCUGGAGACGGUGGCGGAUGAGUCCGCCAGGAUGACACCUGUCCUCAUGCAUCGUAAUUUGGUCACCCCCACGAGUGCACUGGAUGGUCGGAUGUCCGUAGCUCCCUCCUCGCCUAUGUCCGCGACCUCGCAUGGUCACCCCUCCAAUACGUUGUAUGCGAGCCCGAGAGAUCCUCGAGUCAUCUACUCAUCGGGUGCUCAGGCGUUGCCUUCCCCCUCGUUUACCCCUCUACCCGCCGGUUCCUCGUUAGGCGUACCGCAUCCCCAUGCUGCGAUGCCAUAUGACCCAUUCCGGGUGCGCUCACAGACAUCGAUGUCCUUCCACCCUGCGCCUCCUACCCAUCACUACCGUGCAGCUGGUCGAUCGAGCAUGCACGAGAAACAACUGCUUGCAGCUCUGAAUGGACCAGUGGGCGGUAAUAGCUCGCAUCCCUCUCAACACGUGGCUCCCCUCCGCCCGGCCUAUGGUGCCUAUCCAUCCGGGUCUGCGACGCCUUCGAAAUUCCUCCACUCUGCGCAGUCAAUGGAAAAUUUCAACCAUCCGCGCGUUAGCAAUGUUCUACCGCCCAUGCAACCACCUGCUCCGUAUGCGCCCCGCGGUCCUUCCGAUGCUAUGGGCUUUACUGCUCCUCGCUCUUCCGUACCCCCCGAUAAUGCUCAUCUGUUGUCAAUCCUGAACUCUCAUGGACCUAUGCGAGUGCAACCUCCGGCGGUGGCUAUCCCACCACCUGGCGUUAUCAAUACCAUCGGUAGUAGGUAAAUUAGUACUUCGAUAGUAGAUAUGUAGCCCAUAAUUACGCUUCCCAUGUUCUUGAUUAGUUUGGCGAGUCGUCUUCCCCGUGUCCGCCUAUGUGUAUAUCAUUACAUCACAUUCUUUUUAUCCUUCUGCAGCAUUUCCUAUAUGACAUCGCGUUGAGGUCUGUACAGUGUACACUACGUAUACAUGGACUAUGGUUUAAGUGCUCUCCUUUUAACGUUGCCUUGUUACUUAGCUCCCGCAAGCCAUUCUGCAUUCGCCCCAGUUUGAUAGUGUCUUACCCCUAGUCAUUAGCGAUGCCUAUAUUCACGGUUGCCUAAUAACUUCGAAUUCACAUCUUCGUUGCUGUAGUUUCGUAAUCAGUGUGCAAAUCAAUGUCCGUUAAUAAUUCCGUGCUACGCCACAUCUACCCUCCUGGCAUGAAUUCACACCGGACAAAUCAGGUCAGCAUCCCAAUCCUCUGAGUCAACUCCAUUCCGUACGACGAAUAAAGCCAUAGGAUCAUACGUAGCCUUGAUAGCUUUCAGUCUUGGGUAGUGCGACCCGAAGAACGUGUGUUGCCAGUUGUCUUCCAGGUAAUCCUCGUUGAGGUAUGCGCCAGACCCUGGGUUGAGACUGUCCAAUGCACUGACCAUUUCCUUCAGCGUGCCUUUCGCACUCUGGAUUUCUGUGACAUUGUCUGUGUCGGGCCACGACAUUGCUGUAAGAACCUCCGCAAGCGCCGUCCGCCAUGCCGGGUUGAGACCCAUGGCGUCCGGGUCAGUUCGAUUGACGGCGCCUCCAGCAAUAAGUACCAACUGCGACCAUACAAAGUCUUCAACCAUCCAUUGACCGAGGGUUGUAUAGUUGGACUCUAUCACCUCCCUCGUCAUCAGUCGCGACCCUAGCAAGACUGUUGUGCCAGUUUCUUGGUCCUGUUCACUGGUGUUGUAGUAUGUCUGGUACCAAUCAUAGUACGUCGGGUACGACAAGGUUACGGUGGUCUGCAAGUUGAGACCCUCGGCAACCAGCGACUGGGCGAAUUCGAAGAAUGAGCUGUAGCUCGCGUUUGCGGCGGCCAGUGAGACGUUCGGAGCGACAUGAAGCAUCUCCAGAGUACCAUCGAAGACCGUACCAUAGCCUCCCCAUCCUUGGUCCGACCAAGUGGGGGACCUCCGGAUGUACUCCGAAAGCAGCUUCGCCAGUACGGCGUUAUCGGUGGCGUUCGCUGUCAAGAUAGCGGUGGCAGCGGGCACUGAAGGAUGAGUUCGAUAUGUGGCGGAUGUGACCACACCGAAGGUUCCACCGCCUCCGCCCCGUAGCGCCCAGAACAGGUCGG